AUGGCGCCUAUAGCAACCCAGUAUGACUUGCAGAGUCUGAUUCCAGUCUGGCUCACCUUGCACAUUGCUGGAGGCCAAAUCGGUCUUCCGAUCAUAGUCCUUACAUUCAUUUUCGGUCCCAAAUCUGCAGGCAGGCAGAGAUAUGUUACGCUCAUUAACUUUUGCAUCACUUGGAUCAUCUAUUCCGUCGUAUAUUGUAUUUUGUUGUAUUCUGGCCAAGCGGGAACGAACCAGGAUGGCCCAUCCAGCUUAUGCUUGGCCCAGGCAGCAUUGAUUCAUGGAGCUCCUCCCAUGUGCGCAGUGGCUGGCCUGGAGAUGGUCCUUCAGCUUUGGUUCGUGCAAAGGUGCAUCCAUAGGUCGAGCUUUCCAUACAUUUGGAAGCUGCCGAGUCCAUUGCUGAAUUUUCUCAUCAUCCUACCACCGUACGUCGCAUUCAUGGGGUUCUCUUUGUUAGCGUUGGGGCACGGGAUACAUGAAGAAGACCUGAUCCUCUCUGUAAAUCAUGUGUAUUGCUCAACCCAGAAUUAUCGCUUUUCAUUGAUUGUUCCGAUAUUCUGUGCAAUCGUCAUGGCCGCAAUCAUCGUUGUGGAAGCAAUUAUUUGGUACAACUGGUACAAGACACGGAAAGAAGUUGACGACCUCUUGGCAAAGAAUCAGACAGACGAGCUUAUAGGCAUCGCUGGCGAAUACCAGCACAGAAGACUCUCCAUCUCGAUAUCGAUUAGAGUCGGACUGUUCUCGUUGUACAGUAUCGCUACGCUGUCUGCUUGUAUCGUGUUCGUCUCGAAUAUGCCGAGUUCGUUUCCCUACAUGGUGGAAGCAUGCCUCCCUAUGGCGGCCUUCCUGCUUUUCGGCACUCAAAGGGACACUCUCGAGCUCUGGUUUUGUCGCAGACGACGUUCCAAUUCUCGGAGCCUGAGUGAUAUCGAGAAAGGUAUUCCUAGUGCACGACGUCAACCCACAAGGUCGUCCGUGUUAUCAGAACUGGCGCCUUCAGUCUUGACUACUGAGACGGAUAUAGUCUCGGAUUUAACCCACGAUCUGAAGACGCCAGAUAGCGAGUUUCACCCGAGAACGCCGACAAAAAUUGGAAUCUAG